GUGACUGAGAGGAGUCAGAGCUAAGACUCCAGUGCUCCUUUUCACGUCUGUAGCCGGAGACAGCCUGAGACCGUGCAAAGCAAGGCACGGUCUCCCAUUUCCAGCUCACUUAGCCUGUGCUCUGUCUUAUGGGCAUCUGCCGCAGCCUGGCUAAGGCAGAGCUGAACCCGGCCGCAGGAGAUCAAACUUAGGCGCCCCUUUGGACUAUAUCACCCCCAGAGGAGGGAGAGAGAGCGAGAAGAGAGCUGAGCAGAGAACUCCAACAGCAUUGCAGGAUGUUUUGGAAACUUUCUCUCUCCUUGUUCCUGGUAGCAAUGCUGGUGAAGGUGGCUGAAGCCCGGAAAAACCGGCCCCCAGGAGCCAUCCCCUCCCCGUAUAAGGACGGCAGCAGCAACAACUCGGAGAGGUGGCAACAUCAGAUGAAGGAAGUGCUGGCUUCUAGCCAGGAGGCCCUGGUAGUCACUGAGCGGAAAUAUCUGAAGAGUGAUUGGUGUAAGACCCAGCCCCUACGGCAGACGGUCAGUGAAGAAGGCUGUCGGAGCCGCACCAUCCUCAACCGCUUCUGUUAUGGCCAGUGCAACUCCUUUUACAUCCCUCGGCACGUAAAGAAGGAGGAAGAGUCCUUCCAGUCCUGUGCCUUCUGUAAGCCCCAGCGGGUCACUUCUGUGCUGGUAGAACUGGAGUGCCCAGGGCAGGACCCACCCUACCGACACAAAAAGAUUCAGAAGGUAAAGCAGUGCCGGUGCAUGUCUGUGAACCUCAGUGACUCAGACAAACAGUGAAUGGCCUCAGUGGCAGGGUGCUGCUCAGCAUUUGGGGGGUCCCCUCACCCCACCUCCUGUCAGAUUUGCUGCUGCCUCUAUCCCUUUCCUCUGAGCAGAUUCACGCACUGGCUGGUCCCUUCCCUUUCAGCAGGCAGUUCUCUCGGGGGAUGCAGGUUUCCGUGUCACCUGUGACAGGAAAUAGAAGCUUGGCUUAUGUGUUCCCAGGUGCCCCUUGGCAAGAUUCCUGCAUCCAAGACCAGGCUGUGAAGCAAGCCCUAAGGAAGAAGAUGGAAAACAGUCACCAACCAAAAAGAAAGAAAGAAAUUGGAAGGAUAUUUUAGGUGAUGCACUGUUAAAUCCAGCAUUAACGUUUCCACUGUGUGGGAAAAAAAAGAAAAGAAAAGAAAAGAAAAGAAAUAUCUCCUUCUCAACCCUACACUCCAACCAUAUCCAUGUGAAGUGAAAGAUGCCUCUACGGCUUCACUGUCAGUGGAUUUCCCAACUGGGAGCUUUUCACUUUGUGGAUUUCAUGCCACCACUUCUGCCUGAGGCUGUGACGUAGACAAGCAACGGUUCAAAUAAAAACAGAACAAAACUACUGGGAGACUCUUUGACAAGCCUGAUUGCAAGAAGACGCUGGGAGCCCUUUGAACCAAUGAUUUGGCUUCCCUCGGGGACCUUGCUCAAAUCAAAGGAUCUUAGGAUCAUAGCUCAUAGCUUUAGAGCUGAAAGGGACCUGUCAGGUCAUCUAGUCCAGUCCUCUUAUUUGACAAACGAGGAAACUGAGACUUGGAGCGGCAAAGGGAUUAGGCCGAGGUCACACACAUAGUCAAUGUUAGAGGCGGGGUUUCAACAUGUUUCUCUGACUCCGGAUUCACUGUACCAUACUACCUUCUCCCUCCACCCUAAAGCAUGGGUUGGUGUCAGCUUCCUAACCUUUUAGUCAUUGUUUUCUCGCCCAGAUUUUGGUUUUGGGUGCUUUGUUGCUGCAAUUAGAAUAUUAUUACACACAAAGGUCUCUACAUUAACGCUGGUUUUUAUAAUCAACCUGUAGUAAAGAGCUGUUAAAAGUAAAAUCAUCCUAUCCACGUAUUGUUUCAUGUGUCGAUUUUGACUCUGGCAUUGGCUGACAAUUCUGAGUAAACACCAAGUUGCUGGGGUUGGAAUCUCCUUCCACAUAGACCAGCCUCAUGGUAGCUAGAGGUGCAGAAGCUUUCCUUGGAAAUAUUUCCCAGCCAGCCAUUCAUUGCUAAAUAUCUAUGCUUAGGGAUGGGCAGGGUGGG